GGAGGCUGGCCAGUAUAGCAGCAGCCUGGAGUAGUUGGGCAGGUCUAUGCAUCUACUGCAUGCUGCAGCCGGGUAAGGAAGGAAGAAAAGAGGGCAAGGAGGAAGGAGAGAAGGAGAGAAGACAGACUAAGAAGUCAUGUGGGAGGUGUAAAUCCACUGUGGAUGAGCUGAGGGGAGAAGAAGAGGUGAUAGAGAAGGAGGGAAGAGAAGAGAGGCAGGGAGGCAGGAGAGGAGAUUCGGCUGGCUCUAUGUGUGAGGCUGCAGCUGCUGCUUCUCCCUCUGCUGUUUCUGCACUGUGUGGUGGAUCACGAUAAAGCUUCACCAGGAUAACAGAAGGCUUCGACAGAGGAUGAAGGUAUGGUGACUAGAGAUCUGCUGGAGGCGUCCUAAGGGCCUGUUUGCCCAUAAUGUCCUUAGUCUUACUGAGUAGGAAGGAACAUGUCCUAAAAAUACAGUGACACCCCCAUCAACAGAUAAACAAACAAAAUCCUAGUAAAAGGAGAGGAGGCCAGUCUCUGUCUUCUGUAUCACUCGCUCUCUCUUCCUGGCCUCGAGUGUGAGGUCAUGUCCCAGUCUGGAAAAGUCCUUCAUCUGUACGUGGAGGUGAGGUCAGCCCCGGAGCAGGAUGGGAAUGGGGGCUUGGGGGGAGGAGUGGAGGGUCCUGGGACUGGGAGUAACUCAGCCUCAGCACAGGAUGGGCCAGCUGGGCUUUUGUCAAAGCUAACCUGCCAGACUAAAUGUCAGACUCCUACCAAAGUACAAACGCACCGCCGAGCCCAUAACUUCACUCACACCCAGUCUCCCUCCAGACACACAGUGAGCUUCCAGCUCCACCAAGGCAAUGGCAACCAGUCACCUAGCAUCUCCAAGCGGCAGAGUUUACCGGCAGCACUGACCCACUCCCCAGCCUUUUCCAGAAAUGGGAGGACCACCACCCCCCACAAACCCUCCUCCAAAGGGCAGGGGGUGGGGGGUGAUGCCAAACGCUCGGUGGUCACCUUCAGCUACAUUGAGAAGGCUAACGUCAAGAGAGUGGAGAGCCCACAGAACUCUGCCUGUCAGAGGAGGUCUAGGGAGGAGAGGUCAUCCCCACCUUCCUACCCCCGGAAGAGACUCAGCGACUCCAUCUGGAUGGGUAGUCCUGGCUCCUCCUGCAGCUCCAGUCCCAAACUAGCGUUUCGUCCCCCAGGGUGUAUCCAGCAACAACAGCAACCGUCAGUCUCCCCCAGCCACUGCCACCCCGUCUUGGAUCCCGUCGGCAGGGCAGCCACCCAGCUUGCCCUGGAAGAGUUUGGGUUUGGUUCCCCCCUGCACAGGAGUAAGAUUCUCCAUGGGCUCGAGCAGAGUCCCAGGGGCUCCCGCCACAACCAGCAGGCCGGUUGCCUGUCAUGGGCAGGCGGCUCUCCUGUCCCACGCCACAGCGCCUGCAAUAAUCACGCCAUGGACACAGAUAGAAACCGGGCCAUUUGCGGGCCAUUACCCAGGAGCCCAGCCUCCGACCAGCUUUCGUCUCAUGCUAGCCAGGCCGCUCUGGGUAUGUCUCCUAACUCGAGACCCAGGUUGUGUAUGGGGCCCAAGGCCCAGAGCCCACACCAAUGGGAAGGUCAGGACAAAGCUAUCACAGGGAGUCCAGCCACCCAGAGACAAGUACACAAGCCCUGUAACAGCAGUUCCUCCCCUCAAGGGACCAUUCUCCAACUUAGCAAUAAACUAGGGGUAGGAACUGUACUGAACCAGCUAAGUGGUAGCAAACCCUCCUCACCAUCCAACAGCCCUGAAGUGGCCCGGAGGCUAGCUGAGGAGGCUACCAAAGUGUCCUCUAUUUUAGCAGAGGUAAGGAGGAACUCAUUGACUUUGCACAGCACUUUAGACGAAGUAGAGAGCCCCAACUGUGGAUGUAUGUCCAGAGAAGCCAACAGUUCUGUCCCAAAAGCACAACUGCAACAUUUGCAGCAUCAGAAAGUUAAGAUGAACAUCCCUUUACACGGCCUACACACACCAGCAUCCAACGACACUGACUCUCAACAUGCUGUAAACUCUUUACCAUCGUCACGCACACAGGACACAAACACUCCAACACUAACCAAUCAUAGGACACAGCACGGAGGAGGGUGGGCUCUGGGUCAGAGCUCCAUCCUAUCAGACGCAGUAGUGGGUGGAGGAGUGUCCCCAGCCCUGCCUUCGCGCUUCCUCCGUCCAUUUCUUCCCCCAGCCGAGACCAGCUCCCCUCUGAGGGACCCCAGGCUGCUGAGAGCCCAGCUCAGAGUCACCGACAGCCCCACGCUGCACCGCUGUCAGCCCCCUCAAUACACUGGAGAUUUCUGGUCCUUCGAGCCGGACAGGACAGCCGACUUGUCCUGCUUCGACAGGGGGGACAGUGCCGAGCUGGCCCGUAGGCUCUACAUACGCCAGAGUGUGGAAGAAGCCCCUGUCAGCUGGACUUCCAGGCAGCCCUGGAGCCACCUGGUAGGGGAGGAGAGCAGCAGCUCCAGUUCCAGCCCCAGACUUGGACAUGGACCCGGUCAGCAGCCCUUGAGCACGGCCCAGCAGAAGAGGGCUGAGCAGAGGAGGAGGGAGGUUCUGCUGCUAGGCCCUGUGGUGCUGGACUCCCCAGAGGAGGACGAGGGCCUGGAUGGGGAUGGGGAAGGGGAGGAGGUUUCGGGACAAGGGCAGCAGCCAAGCCUGCUGAGGGUGGAGGAGCCUCAAGGGGGGGAGCGAAUUGGGAUAGCGGGGUCCUCGUCGCGCAGCUCCAGCGGGGUGACGGGCAGCCUAGGUGAAAGGGAAUGUGUGUCUCCAGAGUCCAGUCAGUCCAGCCACCAGAGCAACGAGACAGGGGCUGCCACUUCAGGGAUACAGACGGACAGUGGCACUGCAGUCCCAGGCCCCUCCCUCCACUCCCAGAGGAUAGCUCGUGCCAAGUGGGAGUUCCUAUUUGGGACACCCGCUGAGGAGGCUGCUAGCAGGGGGGAGAAAAGUACCAUCGAACCCUCCACAGCUCCUCCCAGUGGCCAGUCCAGUGAAUCCCCCACUUCCCCCACCUCCCUCCCCCUCAUCUCAGCCAAUCACGAGGUGCAGCACGUGGAGGUAGAGCUGGUGACUCCUCCCCCAGCGGCGGUGGGGGAGUCGCCAAAGACGGGCAUCAUCCGGGGGACCCUCAAGUACUCGGAGACGGACCUGGAUGCCGUGCCCCUGCGCUGCUACCGCGAGACCGACAUCGAUGAGGUGCUAUUGGCUGAGCAGGAAGACACCGACUCAGCGUUUGGGAGUAACCGCAGCGUGAAAAGCACAUCGGGUACAGGCAGCAGCCCCCUGGGUGUCUGUCCCUAUGAGAGAACGAGUGGGGAGGAGGAGGAGGUGGAAGGAGAGGAGGAAGAGGAGGAGGAGGAUGAUGAGGAGGAUGAGGAGGAGGUGGUGAGCUGGGUCUCAGUGAGGAUGCAGGGGGACAUUAAGAGGCAGCAGCAGCAGCAGGUGAUCAGUCAGCUGCUGAAGAGGCCAUUGGACAGUUUCUUCGACAACCUCCCGGCCCUCAAGUCGCCGAUCCUGGUUUCGGGUCCUCGUCUGGCAGGUACGACUGAGGACACCUUCAGCCGCCAUUUUGAGAGCAUAAUGGAGUCACAUCGCGCCAAGGGCACAUCCUACUGCAGCCUGGACAGCGAGGAGCUGCUGACCUCCAGCACCCAGACGGUCCUGACCUUUGACCUUCCCACACUGACCCCAGAGAUCCAGGGCGGUCAGAUGAUCUGUCAGAGCGCCCGGCACAUUGUCAAGUUGAGCUUCGCCCCACUGGCCCACUGUGAGAGGGGAACAAGCCUAUCAGAUUCCAUCGUCACGGUGACAGGUGACUCAGACGCCACGCGCGCCCCCUCCAGCGAAAGGCUGAGCAGUGGCUCGGAGGACACACUUCCGCGAGGGGGAGGGGGCGGGGCACGGAUGUUGGGGAGCAGCUGGUACAGCAACCCCACAUUCUCCUUCCCUAGGUCAGUGAUGUCAUACAGCAGCAACCCCUCCCUCUCCUUCCACAGGGAGAAGGCUCGUCUGGCGACAGACUCGGAGCUGGAUCAGGACCUCAGUGAGCGGCUGGGACUGGGGAGCAGCGACACCCUCACCAACGGUAACCGCGCUGACGGAGAGGCCGCCAAGCGCCUGGCCAAGCGCCUCUUCACCCUGGACGGCUUCAGGAAGUCCGACGUGGCCCGUCACCUCAGCAAGAACAAUGACUUCAGUCAUAAGGUUGCAGAGGAGUAUCUACACUUCUUUAACUUCACAGGUCUUAAUGUGGACCAGGCUCUGAGGGCCUUACUCAAGCAGUUCUCCCUGAUGGGAGAGACUCAGGAGAGGGAGCGGGUGCUGUCUCACUUCUCUAGGAGAUACCUGCACUGUAACCCAAUACUCAUACCUACUGAGGAUGGUGUUCAUACCUUGACCUGUGCCCUGAUGCUGCUAAACACAGACCUGCAUGGUCAUAACUUUGGCAAAAGGAUGUCCUGCACACAGUUCAUUGACAACCUGGAGGGUCUGAAUGAGGGUCAAGACUUUCCCAAAGACUUGCUGAAGGCCCUGUACAACUCAAUCAAGAAUGAGAAGCUUCAAUGGACAAUCGAUGAGGAGGAGAUGCGGAAGUCUUUCUCGGAGCUGGGGGACACCAACCAGGCUGACUCCACCUCUAAACAAAUGAAGAGCAUGGCCAGCGGUGAGAAACACCUAGUGGCCAUGGCCCAACCCUCGGGAGCCCUGCUGUACAAGAAUGGCUUCCUGGUGCGCAAGGUGCAUGCCGACUCAGAUGGCAAGAGAACACCGCGUGGGAAGAGAGGAUGGAAGACGUUCUAUGGCAUUCUGAAGGGGCUGAUUCUCUACCUGCAGAAGGGAGAGUACCGGCCAGAUAAACAGCUGUCAGAUGAGGAUCUGAAGAACGCCGUGUCCAUCCACCACUCUCUGGCGAUGAGGGCUGCUGACUACAGCAAGAGACCCAAUGUGUUCUACCUCCGCACCGCCGACUGGAGAGUCUACCUCUUCCAGGCACCAAACGCAGAGCAAAUGCAGUCGUGGAUCACGCGCAUCAACACGGUAUCAGCCAUGUUCUCAGCACCACCCUUCCCUGCAGCCAUUGGUUCACAGAAGAAAUUUGCCCGACCGCUGCUGCCAGGCUCCACCUCCAAACUGUCACAGGAGGAGCAGGUCCAGUCCCAUGAGGCCCGGUUCCGGGCCAUCUCCACUGAACUGGCUGAGCUGCGCUCGUAUCCUCCAGACCGAAAGGUCAAAGGCCGUGAGCUGGAGGAGUACCGCCAGCGGGACGAGUACCUGGAGUUUGAGAAAACGCGCUAUGGUACCUACGCCAUGCUACUGCGGGCCAAGAUCCGCUGCGGCGAGGAUGACUUGUCCGUAUUCGAGGCCCAGAUCCUGGAGGACAAUGGCCUGCAGCGCGCUCACUCCAGCCCCACACUGCAGGACAGCAGCCAGGCCAGCCAGGCCUCCCAGGGCAGCAGCACCAAGGAGCCGGUGGGCUGCAGCGGUAUAGGAAAAGGCUCCAAGCGCACAGAGGGCCAGAGAUACAGCUACCGCCAGGCCGUCAAGAAGUGAGUCAGGGCGGGGUGCUGGGUGGUGAUGACGUGGCAGGCUUGUCUCCCUGCGCAGGUUAUUUGAGAUCCGGGUGAGGGGGGGUUAUAGGAGCUUGAAAAGGAGCGGGGUGAGAGUUUACUGUAAACACCACGCCCC